UGAUGUCAAAAUUGUGUAUCGUUGGACAAAUAAUAAUAUAUGUAUAAAAUGUGCAGUGCAUAUGUGUGUAUGUAUGUACUCUUGUUUCUUUCCCUCGCUUUGUGUACAUAGAACAAGAGCAUGCAAUGGCCCUUGUACAUACAAAAACAAGUACACACAUACACAUAACAAUAACAACAACAACAACAACUACAACAACAGCAGCAGCAGUAGCGGUAACAGUGUGUGUCGUACAUUCUGGAUUAUCAGCAUUUCGAGAAACGAGCUUAUUCCCUUUAGAAUUGGACUUUAGAAUAAUGAAAAAAGAUUGCUAAUAAAAGGGGGGAAAGAGAGGGGGAUUGGACCUUAAGAAUUGUUAUCGUAUUCAAUGGCAAAGUGUGUAAGCUGGAUGGUUACUGUUACGGUUGCUGUUAUUGUUACUGUUCACUACUACGGUUGUUACUGCUACUGCUACUGUUACAGUUGUUGCUGUUCUUGUUGUUGUUUGUUGCUUAGUAAGUAAGUAAGUAAAUACAAGUAGGUAAAAAAGGUAGACAGACUCACGUUGAUUUCAUGGUAUUUGUAUGCAGAACAAUAAAUAAGAAUAUAAUAAAACUUUUCUUUUUUUCUUGGCCUUUUCUUUCUUUCUUUUUUAUUUUUUUGCUGUUUGUUACUUUUUUGGUUUUUUGAAAUAAAUCACAAAAAACUGAGUUGAAAAAAUAAUAAAAAAAAAAAAGAAAAAGGGAAAAG